AAGCAAAUAAAAGUACAACAUUAACAGAGUUCUAUAGUAUUUUUCAAGCUACAAUAAAUCGAUGGAGAAAAACCGAAGAAAAAGACGACUUUGACUGUACAAGGGGAAUACCAACUUCAGAGCUAAGUAUGAGUGCUAUAUUAAAACAGGCAGCAAAUGUAUACACGAUAACACUUUUUCGUGAUUUUGAAGAAGAGUUCAAGCUUUCUGUGGCAAGUAGUACAAUGUUCAAGGGAAGUGUAGGAAGAACAGUGUUUUUUGAAGUGUGGAUAGAAGGAAUAACAGGAUCAAGGCAAGAAGUUCAAUACAAAAUGGAAGAUUCAACCGUCACUUGCACAUGCAAAAACUUUGAAGAAUCUGGAUGGUUGUGCUUCCAUUGUUUAAGAAUAUUGCAUAUACAUUCAAUCAAUACAAUUCCAGAUCGUUACAUAACAACAAGAUGGACUAGAUAUGCAAAGAAACAGAUAUGGGAAAGGGUUGAUACAAUAAAAAGGGAGAAAGGUGAAAUCAACAAUUUUACUGGUUGGAGAUUACAUAUGAUCAGAAGAUACUAUAACUUAAUUUUGAAAGGGCAUAAGAUAGCAAAGGCCAGAAAAUUUAUCGAGGAGAAGUUUAAAAUGGAUAAUAAAGCAGUUGAUGAAAUCAUAAAAAAGGAAGAAGAAAGGAAGGCAAAAGAAGAAGCUGCAAAGAUAGCAGAACAAGAAAAGGCAAAAGCUGAAGCACAACGAGAAACACAAGACGGGGAAUCAACUAAUUCUGAAAUAACAAUUGUGCUUGAUCCUGAUCGUGCUAAUACUAAAGGAAAGAGUAAGAAGAGAAUAAAGGGUCAAUAUGACAAUUACAAGCAGCCAUCAAAGAAAGGAAAAAAGAAACACAAAGAAUUUGGAUCCAAGACACCCAAUAUUCAAUUAUUUAUACCUAAAGAACAACUAUUUUAGUGAUGUUCUUGUUUUAUUAUCAUAUACAGUUACUUCAACAUUUUUAAACAAAUUUAUUGAGUGU